UCUCCGAAACGCUCGAUCAGUGCGGUCAAACUUGUUUGUCCUUCCCGUGGAGUACCCCACGGGCUUGUUUUUAUUGAUAACUACCAAUCUAUUCAAAAUAGCCGACAAGUUUCCAACGAGUGUAUGCUCCUGUAUCAGUUCCAGAAGACGUAGCUGUGCCGUUUAAAGAAUCGUAAUUCGGUGAUUUCCCAAAUCAAAAACAACGAUCAUGGAUGAUAUUUUAAAUCACUUCAACGAUAGUCAACCUUUGGUGUUUUUCGUCAAUGGCAAAAAAGUCACCGAAAGCAGCCCAGAUCCCGACUGUACCCUGUUGGUGUACCUGCGAGAUAAGCUGGGCCUAGUGGGAACCAAACUGGGCUGUGCUGAGGGAGGUUGCGGAGCGUGUACGGUCAUGGUUUCCAAAAUCGAUCGAACGACCAAGCGAGUGUCGAAUGUGGCAGUUAAUGCCUGCCUUACGCCGGUUUGUGCGGUUCAUGGCAUGGCCGUUACCACAGUUGAAGGUAUCGGAAGUACCAGAACUCGGCUGCAUCCGGUACAGGAACGGAUUGCCAAGGCACAUGGUUCCCAGUGUGGUUUCUGUACCCCGGGAAUUGUGAUGUCAAUGUACGCCCUGUUGCGUGAAUCUCCGUCGCCCUCGAUGAAGGAACUGGAAAUAGCGUUUCAGGGGAAUCUGUGCCGGUGCACGGGGUACAGACCGAUCAUCGAAGGCUACAAAACGUUUACUAAAGAGUACGGUACCUGUGCAAUGGGUGAUAAAUGUUGCAAAAAUCAAAACGGAGCUUCCAAUGGGUGCGGUGUAGAAGUCGAUGAUAAACUGUUUGAAGUAAGCGAGUUCACGCCGUACGAUCCUACGCAGGAGCCAAUUUUCCCACCAGAACUGAAACUAUCGAACGCAUUAGAUACGGGGGCAUUGGUUUUUCGAUCUGGGACGACCAGCUGGUAUAGACCGACGGAACUGAAACACCUGUUGGCGUUGAAGAAGCGAUAUCCUACGAUGAAAAUUAUUGUCGGCAAUACGGAAGUUGGGGUUGAGGUGAAAUUCAAACAUUUCGAGUACCCUGUGCUCGCCACACCAAUCCAGAUUUCGGAAAUGAAUCGCAUAGACAAGUUGGACGAUGGUAUUCGCUUUGGGGCUUCCGUAACUCUGGUAGAAAUGGAAAAAGUUUUGAAGGACGAAAUCCAAGUACGACCUGAGCAUGAGACACGAUUGUAUCGGGCAAUCGUCAAUAUGCUGCACUGGUUCGCUGGCAAACAGAUUAGGAACGUGGCAGCUGUGGGUGGUAACAUAAUGACGGGAAGCCCAAUUUCGGAUUUGAAUCCAAUUUUUAUGGCAGCUGGAAUCGAGUUAGAGGUAGCUAGUUUGGACAAAGGAACACGUAAAGUACGCAUGGGUGAUGGAUUCUUCACCGGGUAUCGUCGAAACGUGAUUCUACCGGAAGAGGUUCUCGUUUCGUUGGUCAUUCCAAAAACCAACAAGGACUACCACUUCGUGGCCUACAAGCAAGCGAAGAGACGCGACGAUGACAUAGCAAUUGUGAAUGGGGCAUUUAAAAUAGUUUUCGAACCUAACAUGGACAUCGUGAAAGAAAUUCAUCUUGCCUAUGGUGGUUUGGCUCCCACAACUAUUUUAGCUAAGAAAACAGCCUUGGCUAUGGUUGGCCAAAAAUGGGAUAAGAACCUUAUUGAAUCAGUAAACGAUCUGUUGGUCGCUGAGAUUCCCUUGGACCCAAGUGCACCGGGAGGAAUGAUUUUGUAUCGCCGAUCGCUGAGCUUAAGUUUGUUCUUCAAAACAUUCAUCAGCGUGAGUAAUGCGCUCGCUUCGACUAUAUCUUCUCAUAAACCGAUAGACGAACGUCAAAGAAGUGGCGCUGAUACUUUCCACACAUUGCCUCCCAAAAGCGCUCAACUGUUCGAGAAGGUUUCUUCAGCGCAGCCGAUCACGGAUCCGAUUCGUCGACCGAAAGUUCACGCAUCGGCAUUCAAGCAAGUUACCGGAGAAGCUGUGUAUUGCGAUGAUAUUCCAAAGUAUAAAAACGAGCUGUACCUAGCAGUUGUUACCAGUAGCAGGGCUCAUGCAAAAAUUUUAGAGAUGGAUACAACGGAAGCACUCGCUAUGGACGGAGUUCAUAGAUUUUUCACCGCAGCUGAUCUUACUGAGGAACAGAAUCAAUGUGGUCCCGUAUUUCACGAUGAAUACGUUUUCUACAAAGACAUCGUUACCAGUCAGGGACAGAUUAUCGGGGCAAUCGUUGCCGAUAAUCAAAUGACAGCUCAGAAAGCAGCAAGAAAAGUUAAAGUUACAUACGAAGAUUUAUCACCUAUUGUUAUAACGAUCGAAGAUGCCAUCAGUAAGGAAUCGUUCUAUCCGGGUUAUCCCAAAACGAUUGAACAAGGGGACAUUGAAAAGGGUUUCAAACAGGCUCAUCGGAUCAUCGAAGGUGACUGCCGCUUGGGUGGACAAGAGCACUUCUAUCUGGAAACUCAGGCCUGCGUUGCCGUUCCAAAGGAUUCGGAUGAGAUUGAGGUUUUCAGUUCGUCACAACAUCCGACGGAAAUUCAGCAGCACGUGGCACAUGCCUUAGGUAUCGCUUCCUGCAAGGUUGUUUCGAGGGUCAAGCGAUUGGGAGGUGGAUUCGGUGGCAAAGAAUCACGCGCAGCUAUGCUAGCAGUUCCGGUUGCUUUGGCGGCUUACAAACUCCACCGUCCGGUGCGCUGCAUGUUGGAUCGGGAUGAAGAUAUGGCCAUCAGCGGAACACGCCAUCCGUUUUAUUUUACCUACAAGGUUGGUGUCAGCAAGGAAGGUCAACUGUUGGCCGCCGAUUUCAAAGCUUACAACAAUGCGGGAUAUUCGAUGGAUUUGUCUUUUUCGGUGUUGGAGCGUUCUAUGUUCCACAUUCAGAACGCUUACAAGAUACCGAAUCUGCGCGUUCGAGGAUGGGUUUGCAAGACCAAUCUUCCAUCGAAUACGGCAUUCCGAGGAUUCGGUGGUCCCCAGGGGAUGCUGGCGGCCGAAACAAUGAUGCAUCACGUGGCCCGUGCGCUGGGUCGAGAUUACGUGAAGCUCGCCGAGCUGAAUAUGUACAACGAAGGCGACAAAACGCACUACAACGAGGUCAUUGAGAAUUGCAAUGUUCGCAAAUGCUGGACGGAGGUGAUCAAAUCGUCGGACUUUGAGAACCGUCGAGUCGAAGUGGAGCAGUUCAAUGCUGAGCACCGUUGGAGAAAACGCGGCAUCAGCGUGGUGCCGACCAUGUUCGGUAUUGCCUUUACUGCGGUACAUCUGAACCAGUCCGGUGCGCUCAUUCAUGUUUACCAGGAUGGUGCGGUACUGUUGUCGCAUGGGGGAACCGAAAUGGGCCAAGGCCUGCAUACCAAAAUGAUACAGGUAGCGGCCACGACGCUCAAUAUACCCUUCGAAAUGAUACACAUUUCAGAAACCUCAACGGAUAAGGUUCCCAAUACUCCACCGACCGCUGCCAGUGCCGGUUCGGAUCUGAACGGAAUGGCUGUACUCAAUGCGUGUAAAAUCAUCAACGAACGGCUGGAACCGUACAAAAAGCAAUACCCUGAUAAGGACUGGAAGUUUUGGGUUACCAAAGCAUAUUUUGAUCGCGUUUCCUUAUCAACAACUGGUUUCUACGCUACGCCUGGUAUCGGAUAUGAUUUCGGUACAAACUCUGGAAAUCCGUUCAACUAUUUCACAUUUGGAGCAGCUUGUUCAGAAAUAGAAAUUGAUUGCUUAACUGGCGAUCAUCAGGUUAUUCGAACGGAUAUUGUGAUGGAUUUGGGAUCUAGUAUCAACCCGGCAAUCGAUAUCGGGCAAAUAGAAGGAGGAUUCAUGCAAGGUUAUGGACUAUUUACCUUAGAAGAAAUGGUUUAUUCCCCAACGGGUACGGUGUACUCCCGGGGCCCUGGUGUCUACAAGAUACCUGGAUUCGCAGACAUUCCUGGAGUGUUUAACGUUUCGCUUCUGACGGGAGCCCCUAAUCCUCGAGCGGUUUACUCUUCGAAGGCUGUUGGUGAGCCACCUCUAUUUCUGGCAUCUUCAGUGUUCUUCGCCAUUCGCGAAGCUAUAUCGGCAGCUAGGAAAGAAGAGAACGCUUCGGACGACUUCAAUCUGGUUUCACCAGCGACAUCCGCCCGGAUUCGUUUAGCUUGUCAGGAUAGAAUAACCCUUAAGUUUACGGAACCAGAUCCAGCAACUUUUACACCCUGGAACGUGAUGCCUUAGACAACAAGAUAACAGAGUGAAGUUACUUUAUACGAUUUCAAAAAGACUUGAUUUGAGAUUUCAUUAAAAUUAUCAUAAAAAUGGUAAUGUAUGUUUCAAAUUCUUUAA